AUGCCAUUCGACACCCUCUGGAUGCCUGCUGGGCCUGCCAUUCCUGGAAACAGGUUGGAAAUGGUUAUUGCGGUCGACUUCGGGACGACAUUUACUGCCGUCGCUUAUGCAAAGUCCUUUGCACCCAAUCAGCAUACUGUUUUAAGAUACCGGGGGCCGAUGUCCCCGAACCCUAACCAUGAUAAGGUCCCAAGCAUCUUACGGUAUGACAACGGUGGGACGACUGGUCGUUUCACAUGGGGCUUUGAGGCACGGAGAAGUUUGCACCCAGGCGAAAGGGUCCAUGAGUGCUUUAAGUUAGGGCUUUACACCAAAUAUGAGGAGCAACGAUACACCAAAUCAAACUUGAGCGGAAAAUACCCCAUCACAACGGCCCUUCGUCUAGUCAAGGGGGAGGAGGCUGAAAAACUUGUCGUUGAUUAUCUCUCGGGCCUCAAAUGGAUCAUUGAUGAGCACUUUGAAGAGAUUGGCCCACCUUAUAAUGGACUCCCUAGGAGGUACAUCUUCACAGUUCCGGCAACAUGGAACUAUAAAGGAGAAGAAAAGAUCCGCAAAUGUGCACUGGUAGCUGGUAUGGGGAAUGGGAACGGGCUACAGGUCAUUUCCGAGCCCGAGGCCGCCGCGAUACACACAUUGAAAAGAAAGUUCCAGAUCGGACUAGCAGUCGGAAACACGUUUAUUAUUUGCGACGCCGGUGAGAGAACUGUGGAUAUUGCAUCCUAUACUAUCCGGUCUUUAGAACCCAUCCGUCUUGAUGGUGCUGCGCAAGGCUCUUCUGUAGUAUGCGGCAGUAUAUUUCUCAACAGAAUCUUUGCGGACUACCUCCAAAGAAAGCUGAAAGGCUACUAUGGGGACUUGGACCCAAGAUUGUUGGAUUGUGCCGUGGGUGAAUUUGAAAACCGAUUCAAGGCCGAGUUUACAGGUGAUGACGAUGAUACGUACGAUAUCCCAUUGGUUGAAUUGUCGGACAACCCCCGCCACGGAAUGGAAGAAAAUACUCUCACGCUCUCCGGCAAAGAACUUCGAGAGAAUGUGUUCGACAAAGUCAUCGGGAACAUCCAAGAGCUAGUUCGAAAUCAGAUUUUUACCACAACAGGGCAUGUCAAAGCGAUAUUUCUUGCUGGAGGGUUCGGUCAAAGCGCAUAUCUCAAGCAGAAACUUGAGCUGAUGCAUUGCGUUAAACGCAAAGAUAUACUUAUCGCAGCGGAGAACAGGUAA